GCCAGCCGUUGGCGCUCCAGAACGAGCACGAGUUUGUAAUCCAUAGGUGUUAUCCAAUGCUCUGGGAACACUGCCAGCAGUUGGUCGUCUCGUCAGUCGUUUUUGGAGGAUAUAAACUGCCCCGCGAGGUCCCUCAACCGCUCUUCACGCCCUUUCCACAACAUUCCCCCCUCCACCCUUGCCAGCACCGACUCUGCCAAGCCCCGCCCAUCAUCCCGCACUCGCCCCCCUUAGCCAUGCCCCGCGGAGCCGUCAUAGCCCUCGCCCACGGCGGCGGCCCCAUGCCGCUGCUGGGCGACCCAGAGUCGGCCCAGAUGAUCAAGUCGAUGCGCGAGCGCGUGCCCGAGAUCCUGCGCCUCGACGACCCGGACCCGGCCCGCCGCCCGGCCGCCAUCGUGCUCGUGACCGCCCACUGGGUUGCGCCCUCGGGCCUGACCUUCCCGUCCAUCACGUCGGGCGCCAGCCCGGACCUCAUCUUCGACUACUACAACUUCCCGCCCGAGUCGUACGAGUACAAGUACCCGGCCCCGGGCGCGCCCGACCUCGCCGCCCGCCUGGCCGAGCUCGCGCGGGACCAGGGGCUUUCGCCAUCGCUGCACCCGGACCGGGGCUACGACCACGGCGUCUUCGUGCCGCUGCUGCUGGCGCGCCCAGCCGCCGACGUGCCCGUGCUGCAGGUGUCGGUCAUGCAGGGCGACGACGCGCGCGCCCACUUCGCGCUGGGCCGCGCCCUCGCCGCGCUGCGCGAGGAGCGCAACGUGGCCGUCGUGGGGAGCGGCUUCGCGUCCUUCCACAACCUGCGCGACAUGCUUGCCGGCAAGACGGCCGGGGGCGACGCGGAAUUUAUGCGCCUGCACAGGGCCUGGAACGCCGCCAUGACCGACGCCGUCGUUACCGAGGCGGUCGGGGAGAGGGAGGACAAGUUCGCGGGCUGGCGCGACUGGCCGCACGCCUACGCCAGCCACCCGGCCAACGGGGCCGAGCACUUCAUGCCGCUGGCCGUCUGCGCGGGCGCUGCGGGGGACGGGGUGGCCAAGUCGUACGUUGACGAGUACAUUGGGCUGGAGAUUCACUCGUACUAUUGGGACUGAGUACUGUGUGGACGAAGUUUGUGCAUAAAGAUAACGUGAAUAUUCGUGUGCUCAUUGCGCCCGAGCGAGGGCGGUGUAAAAAGCGGAAGGAAAGGAAAGAACCCAUGACGCGAACUGCGCUUCUUUGCUUGGGAGCUCCAACAACGUGCAUAGAUAGAACAAAGAAAGAAACACCGAGAAAAAACACCCAACUCUCCGUCAAAUACCGUCAUAACAGCGCUCGCCAAACCACCCCUACAGCCCAUCCCUAUGGACG